CUGAUCAGAUAUAUUUACUACAGAAGUAAAUACUUGAUUUUGCUUGACUUUGUGCUAACAGGUGUAACAGAAUGUUAUUGUUAAGGAAGAUUUUACAUAUUUUUUUAAUUGUGUUCCAGUUAAUUGACACUACAGUGUCUUUGUUAAGUUUAUGUUGAACUAUGCUCCUUAUAGUAUGACUGUUGAAUUUUGCUUCAAGAUAUCUUCACUUUUAUAAAUGUUAGCAGGAAGAUAAACUAUUCACCGUUUGAAGGAAAGACUGAUAUACGUUAAUAUGAAAUGUUCUCAAAAACAAACUCCGAACAUGCAGGAGUACAGAUGGAAGAAUCAAAUAUCGUUGAACACAGAACUGUAAGAGAAAUAGUAGCAAAAAAACUGAAAAGGGCAAAACAAAUAAUAACUGUCGAGCCACUAGUAGCCCUGUACCAAAUGGCACAAUUUCUAUCAAAGCCAGCACUAGACAAUCUUGAAUUCGAAAAAUCGUGCAGGGUAAACUUAAAUUAUAGCAACUCCAUCUGCCAAGCAAUUUUAAGCGGUCACCACGAGAACUAUUCCAGUCAGAAUGAAAGAAUUCAAAUAUUAAUAAGCAAUAUGCACUCAUGGCAACAGCCAGUACAGAGUUUUAUGCCGCUGCUACUAGUUUUGUUUUUGGGGUCAUACAGCGAUAGACACAGAUGGAGGAAGCCAUUUCUCUUACUUCCAGUACUUGGAGAAAUAUUUGGAGUGUUUGGUUGUAUUUUAAGUGUUAUUUAUAUGCAGUCUUGGCCAUUGGAGGCUCAGGGAAUAUCCCAGAAAAUAAUUCCCUCGUUAUUUGGUGGCCAAACUAUGCUAAUUAUGGCUAGCACUUCUUACAUUGCCGACGUAAGUUCUAUAGAAAUGAGAACUCUUAGAUUAGGUAUCGUACAAGUUGUUCUAAGUGUAUGUUCUCCUUCAGUGUCAUUAUUUAGUGGACUGUUGUUUACGAAAAUAGGUUACAUUGGUAUUUUGACGAUAUCUGCAACAUUACAUUUUAUUUCGUUUAUAUAUGGCCUGUGCUGGAUAAAGGAAUCUCGAAAUCAAGAAAAGCAUAGUAGAAAGUUUUUUUUAGCCGAUUUAUUUGAUCCUUCGCAUGCUGUGGAUACUUUUAAUUUGAUUUGUAAGGAGACUCCGGGAACGGAUAGACUGCAUAUUUUAACAUUAAUAGCAGUGAUAUUUAUUUACCGAGGAGCUUUUGAUGGUGAAUCAAACAUAUUAUAUCUUUACACGCAAAAUGUUUUCCAAUGGACUCCUGUGGAAUAUAGCUACUUCAUAACAGUUAGCGGUUUGGUGCAUUUACUGGGAAAUGCCUUAGGAGUGCCAAUUUUUACAAAAAUAUUAAAUUUAAGUGACCUGAUGAUACUAUUUAUCACUGUUAUUAAUAAAAUCAUCACAAAUCUAAUAUUUGGUUUAGCAAAUUCUGUUACAGUAUUUUAUAUAGGAGUGUUUAUAAGUAUCAUAACCAGAAUCUUCAAAGUGGUGAAGAAAUCGAUUACUACAAAGGUGGUUUCAGAAAACGAUAUUGGGAAAGCCCAAUCUCUUUUAGGAAUAUUCGAAACACUAGCACCAGCAGCUGCAGUUCCUAUUUAUAAUAAGUUAGUGUAUGUAAACACGUUGACAACUUACCCAGCUGCCUUCUUGUUCUUCAGUAUUUUAUUUUACACAAUAUGUGCUGGCCUAAUAUUGUGGAUGUACUAUAAAGAAUUUAAAAGACUUGCCCAAGCUGACUCAACCAAAAAUAAUUGUGAGGACAUUAUUGAAACGAUACAUCUGUGAUUUAUAA